AUGGCUGCAGCCUCAUUGAGUCCUAUGCACUUCACACACAGCACAACGGGAUGCACCCGAUAUGCUGCUUUCGCCGGCAGUACCCUGCAGAUGUACUCCAUCAAAGUCACAGAAAUAAAAGAUGCUCUUGGGUUGCAGUGGCCACUGCAUGUGUACGGCAUGGUUGCCGCCCGAGAUACUGUGGAUGACAAUCGCAAUACUAUAUUCCUCCGUCAAAGGGGCAGCUGCCAAAUACUCACUAAAGAGGAUUCUUGUUUGCACUUGACUGGUCCUUCUCGUGCAAUUGUGGCUACAGGCCAUGUUGACUUUGAUAUCGAACUGAAAGUAAGGGGCACAACAAAAUCUAAAGAUAGAGUUCUAAUGAGUAGAACCUUCAAGUACAACAGCAUUUACAGUUGUCCACGAACCACUCUGUGUGGUGAGUUUUGCCAAAUUGAGUUGCAAUUUGAGAAACUAGAAAACACGGUCCAAGCAACUAUAGUGGGCGUCCGCGUUACUGUACCGAGGAGGACUUGGCCUUUUAAAAAUGGUGGUCUUGUUACUUGUGUUGCCAAGGGAUUUUCAAAGCCUGGUGAGCUUGAAGGUAGAGUGGCUAAGCCAGAUGUGCCUAAAGAUAAGCAUGAGCUCUCUAAAGAAGUCGUACUUCAAGAUCAAGUGAUGGCUAACCACUCAGAUGGUUAUGUUGAUCUGUCAAGGCAUGUUGUUUCUGUAGAAUUAGGCGGCAAGCUGGAAGUUAUCAUCACUGAGUGGUCACAAUCUCACGCUUUCAUUAAACACAAAGUUCAUGUCUUCUUCGAAGCCCAAAGAAGCAAAAUAAGUCGGAAAACAUGUUAUAUUGGCCACUCAACGGUGGAGGUUACUGUUGCUUGGUCCUUGCUUCUUCAAGAUGAAGGUGAAGCCAAGAGGUGGGAUGAGGCGUCGCCAAGGAUUUCCAUUUCUAAAUUGGAGACUGAGGAAGCUAAGGAGAUGGGCAGUGAAGCCAAGGGCAUGGUUCGGUCUGAGCUCUACUCCUUUCUCGAUCUUAUCUCCAAGAACGUCAUGAAGCUAAAAGCCGAGUCGAAGCUGAGGAUUAACUCCUAUAGCAGGAAUGAGAUCCAGAUCCACGUGGAUGACAUGCACCGCUAGGU